AUGGACAAUCUCGAAAAAGAAAAACAACAUCCCUUCCAUGUCCCCCACAUGCGCACCCCCGGCUCCUCGUCCACGGACCGGGCCUCUGACGAAGUCACAUUUGCCCACCGCGAACAUGAUCAGGAGCAAAAUGCUCGGAGCAUGGACCCCAACCCCGACGCACCCUACCCAUAUCAUCAAGAACACGGCCCUCCCAUCGAUAAUGCGCUCAAUUAUGGUGAGGCCGAGGAAGACUACCAACACCACAAGAACCUGCUGUGGAGUCGCAUCAGACAUCAUCUGAGGGACCCCUUCGCCGAGUUUAUGGGCACCUUCAUUAUGAUUCUGUUCGGGGACGGCAGCGUGGCGCAAGUCACCCUGAGUGCGAACCCAAAGUUGCCCCCGAGCAGUCAGAACAAGGGCGAGUAUCAGUCUAUAUCAUGGGGAUGGGGCAUCGGUGUCAUGCUGGGCGUCUACGUCGCGGGCUGUGCUGGAGGCCAUUUAAAUCCCGCCAUCACUUUUGUCAACUGCCUGUACCGCAAGUUUCCUUGGUACAAGCUCCCGAUUUACGCCUUCGCACAAACACUAGGGUGUUUCUGCGGGGCGGCUGUGAUAUACGGCAACUACAAAUCCGCGAUCGAUGCGUACGAGGGGGGCGCUUCAAUCCGCACCGUCCCUGGAUUCUCAGACCAUGCCACCGCGGGCGUCUUCUGCACCUACCCGCAGCCGUUCUUGACCAAGACGGGCCAGGUCUUCUCCGAGAUCAUCUCGAGCUCGGUGCUGGUGUUUGUCAUCUUUGCCUUGAAGGACGAUGCGAACCUGGGAGCGGGCAUCAUGGUUCCCCUAGGCUUGUUCUUCUUGAUCUUCGGUAUCGGCGCGACGCUGGGAUGGGAGACCGGCUACGCCAUAAAUCUGGCUCGAGACUUUGGGCCCAGGUUGUUCACCUAUUUCGUAGGCUACGGCCAUGAAGUGUGGAGUGCCGGAGGGUACUAUUUCUGGGUUCCGAUGGUCUGCCCUUUCAUUGGAUGCACCUUCGGCGGCUUCUUGUACGACACUCUGAUUUACACCGGCGAGUCCCCAAUCAAUACUCCGUGGAUGGGUAUCAAGCGUCUCGUUCAUCCCACGCGCAAGGGAGUCAAGGAAGCCAUCACCGGCAAACCAGCCAAGGAGGUUUGA